AGCUGGUUUUGGAGUCAGUGGGCGUGACGUCAGAGGGUCAUUUGCAUACUGCGCAGUAUUUAAGAUGUGAUUGACGCCGGAGUCGCCACUGUGUCCCUGCGCCCGCGAGACGUGCACGCUGUCGUUUCUCUGACUAAAACCCUGAGCCUCUGCAGACAUGUCUGACAAACCUAACAUCUCAGAAGUCACAACCUUUGACAAGACCAAGCUGAAGAAGACUGAGACUCAAGAGAAAAACACACUGCCAACCAAAGAGACCAUCGAACAGGAGAAGUCGUCAUAAUGCGGACUGGUUCUCCUGUGCAAUGUACAUUCCACUAGACAGGCCCCUUCUUUCCAAUAUGUAUUCCAAGUUGAAAUACCUACUAAUUGACAAAACAAUGGUUGUGCAACCCCACACUGCCCACUCGCCUUGAUGGCCCUCUGUACAGUAAGGAAGUGUGGCGUGAUGUCAGCAUGGGGUUCCUGGUCAUCUGUUGCUGCGGCUGCAUCUCCAGUGUGGCGUCUAAGAGCAGGCGUGCCAUGAAACAACUGAGGGACCGACACUUUGAUUUGUAGCCCUGCUCUGGCCACUUGUGAAUGUUAACAAAGCAAGCAGGUUUUUCUUUUUUGUAAAAAUCUGGAAUGCACAAGUUUGUCAAAUAUGCAAAAUAAAAAAUGGAAAUUGA